AUGGCCCUCCCUACGAUUGUCAGAACUUCAGAGGACCUUGCCAACCAUGAUCCCACAACGAGCAAGACGCAGCACAACAUCAGCGUGCAAGAGCUGGGCAACAUUGUCGACAAUGCCAGUCCGCGGGCCAUCGAACAAUCCGUACCCCUCGCAGAGGAGAUCUCACAAGCUGUCGCCUCAGUGAAGGCUGUGCUUCGUCCCGACAUCGUCGUCAACGAGCUAAACGCCAACACUCCCUCGGAGCUGAAUUUCGAAGUGCCCGAUCCCACCGCAGACAUCCGUGUCCCACCUGCUCAGAAGCCCAUCUUCGUCCCACCUCAGACUCUACCCGAGCCGGAUGGAAGCGAAUCCCGAGCAAGGGCAUCAUCUCCCACCGUGGUUGAUGAGAUCGAAGUCCUACCGGAUCACAGGCCUCUAGCUCCUGAGAUAGGCCACUAUACAUCUCCAGUCCCUGUCGCUGUGCCGGAGACCAAAGAGACUGUCGUUGCUCAGCCCGUUGUCGAUGAGAAGGAGCGGUUAAGGGGGCUCAGGAAACUCAAGCUCCAAAAGCAUGCAUUCCAGGCCUCCAUACUGCUAUUCAAGUGAGUCCGCAGCCCUGACGCGAACAUGUCAAGAAUUCGCAAACUGACCACUCACUUCACAGUGGCUUCCUCAUCUUCGUCAGCUGGCAUUUUAGGAACCUGAUCUGGGUGCUCUUGCCUCUGAUCACCUUUUCUCUCGUACUUCAAAUCGUCAUGAUAAUCUCUAUUGGCUGCCGGACAACAUGGAACUACUUCCGCCCGGAAGAGUAUGAAGAAGUCGCUCGUCCGGAGAGUCUCGCAUUGUUGAUUCCCUGCUACAACGAAACGCCAGAAGAAAUGACCAAAUCGAUGGACUCCUUGAUAGAGCAAUCUGGCAUUGAACAGCAUCCUCAAUUCAUCGUCGUCCUUUGCGACGGGAAAGCGCGCGGACCAGGCAUGGCGAAGACUACCCACGACUGGCUCCUGCAAGAUGUUCCACUCGAGGAUGCCGCUGCCGGGUUCUACGAGGCAGCCUAUACAGCUUGGGAUCACCAGCGAAUGGACGUCAUUCUGCGUAUUGGAAAAUAUCGUGGCGUGCCUUGUAUGAUGAUCCUGAAGCAUCAAAAUCAGGGAAAGAGAGAUGGCUUGAUCCUGAUCCGAUCUUUCCUUCACAAGUUCAACUUGCGCCGAGAGCAGCCAGACACGAUCAUGUCCCCCGAAUUCUUCGAUACAAUGUGUGCUUUCAUCCAGGACCAGGCCCACAUCGACCACGUUGACGACCUUGUCGGCAUGGACGCAGAUACAUAUUUCGAUCCGGAGUGUAUCAGUAAUUUGGUUCAGGAGAGCCAGUAAGUCCAAGUACCUGUCGCAGAGGUUCUCACCCGCUGACUCUAGCUCCAGCCUACCAAAAACGACAGGAGUAUGCGGCUACGUCGCCGUCGACUUCCAAGAUAAGCAAUGGGGUUUCUGGAACCUCAUGCAGAAUUCAGAAUAUACAACCGCUCAGACUCUUCGCCGGCUGCACCAAUCGAUGGUCACACACAAAGUCUCCUGUCUUCCCGGAUGUUGCCAACUUCUCAAGAUCACGGAAGAGACCUGUGGCGAUGACAUUCUUGUCUCGAAGUUCGGAUACUAUCCCACCUGGAAAGACGGCAUCCUGAAGCAUAUUCGAGCGACAGCCAGCGAAGACCGCAACCAUGUUUGUCUGCUGCUCGCUCAUCGGCCAAACUCUCAGACUCGCAUGGUAAUGAACGCCAAGGCCUAUACUGCGGUCCCUCAAUCUUGGUCGGUCUACCUCUCCCAGAGAAGAAGAUGGACGCUGGGUGCGACGAUGAACGAUGUCUUCAACGUCACCGCGCCCGGAGUCGUCUGGUUCGAACGUCUCCUGGCCGGUGUGAACGUCGUAACGUGGUUCGUCAAUCCUUUCAUCCUCGCGGCGUUGGGAGGUUUCAUCCAUGCAUGCAUCAGUGAGUACUAUCCCAGCUUCGGCGGAAAAGUAGGUCGGAAAUACUGACAAAGUGCAACAGUCAGUCCCUUGUGGAUGAGCAUGAUGUUCGUGAGUAUCAUGAUGAUCCCAAUCACGUGGUACUUGGUCGUUCCACUUUGGCAUAUCAAGAAGUGGAAAGCAAGCAUCCAGUACUACUGUGGAUUGCUGCUCUUCAUCGGCAGUGGCCCAUUCCUGGCCAUCUUCGUCCUCACAUAUGCCUUAAUCAACAUGGAUCGUUUCGGGUGGGGCAAGACUCGCAAAGUCAUCGCCGAAAUCGAGCCAGGUCAGGCGGAUGGUACGGCGGGCGAGAAGGCGCAGCAGGGCAUGAUCGAGGAAGCUCCACAUCAGAGGUCCGAGCCGGUUUCGUCUUUCAUCAGCCCAGCGCAGUCGACACCCGUCCAGGUGCCACUUCCAGCUGCUAGGUUUCCUGGGAGAAGGCGUCUCGACGAGGAAGAGCGCGUGGGCUGGUAA